CACAGAAGUAAGUGCUGUGUUGGUGUUUAUGUACAGAAAUCUGCGAAUUGCGCAUUUUCCCCGUGGUACAACACCAGAGAAUUCACUGCACAUGUCAGUGCUGAAUGAUCGUUCAGUGUAACGCAACAGCAGCUGUGGAAGAAACAUGGCCUCAAGUUCUUUUGGCAGAAGACUGGUGGCAUGUCUUCUCAACGUUUCUGAGGCUCGCAGAAAAGACCUGGUGGAGACUGUGGCCAAGGCAGCCUUAUACAACACCGAAGGUGCUAGACGCAAGGGGACCACAGUGCUGAACAUCUUCAAUGACCAUGACUACAACCGGUCUGUUAUCACCAUUGUGGCCAGUAUCGACUCUAUCAGGGAGGCAGUUCUGUCUGCAUGUGAGAAAGCCUGUGGGCUGAUCGACAUGAGCACACACAUUGGGGUCCACCCAUGUAUGGGUGCUGUCGACCUCAUACCCAUCUACCCCCUGGGGGAAGAAGUGGGAGUGGAGGACUGUGCUAAAGAGGCGCAGGCUGUGGCUCAGGGACUCACAGAGCGGGUCCAGGGCACCAGUGCCUUCCUGUUUGGCUGGGCAGACUCGCCCCUUCAGCGGGGGCUGGCACAGAGGAGGAAGGAGAUGGGCUGGUUCAAGGAGACGCCAGACUUGCAGGCAAUCAGGCCUGACAUGGGACCGCAGCCACAGAAACGGUUUGGUCUCACAGGGGUUGGGGCUAGUCCAUACGUCAUGAACUGCAAUGUCACUAUCGACACCCAGGACAUAGCCAUGGGACGAAGCAUCGCCAGAGCCAUCAGGGAGUCAACCCCAGGGGGCCUGCCCGGGGUGCAGGUACUGGCUUUGCCACAUGAGGGCACUGUGGAAAUCGCCUGUAAUGUGGAAAGCAUGAAGGGGAGCCCACCUGGUCACCUGUCUACCAGUGAACCAUGGCCGUGUUUCAGCAUCAGUGGCCAGGCGUAUUGUCACGCUCCAGCUUCCCUCAUCACAGCGAGGGUUGCAGAGUUGGCAGGGAGGCAGGGGGUCAGCACCAAGAGCACCGCGCUGGUGGGGUUUACCCCCCAUGAAUGCAGGGGCCUGGCAGAGUUAGCACUGUCUCAAGGGAUUGCUGAGUUCUGGAGAGAGCAGAAUAGGAUCCGUAUGUGAAUAUAAAUUUUUGCCAAAACCAGUGAAACCUCACGCAAAAGUGCCUCAUCUUUGUUUGAUGUCAGUUCCAUGUGCAUUCUGUUUUUGUUAAGCUCUGCCCGACUCUGUUUCCAUUGCUUACCUUGUCAGACUUUCCACUGCAGAUUUACCAUUCAAAAUUCAUAGGUCAUUUUUGACUCAAUAGGUCUUUAAUUUCACACAGAAGAAAACAAGAGCAGGUUUUUUACUUUUAGUGAACUGCUGCUAGCUGAUUUAAUCAGCUGUAGGCAAGAAUUAGCUAAUAGAGUGCUGCAUGGAGGACGUUUAUUUGUAGGCCAGCGAAGUCACCAGGGUUCCCUUGACCUAAAGAUUGAAGUUUGAUACUUACACAUUUUUUUAUCAGCAUAAAUUUCACAAAUGAACACCACUUUCAUGAAUUUUGAAGAGUAAAUGCAGCUGCCACAAAUAGUUAGGCUAUAAACGAAGUACACCAUGGUCGCAUUGAUUGAGCAUCUCCAAUACAACAAGACUAAAGCUCUGUUAAGCGUGAUGACAUUUUGUAGUCUCAUUAAGCAACUUGUUAGCAACUGUCUUUUUUAGGACACAUAAAGGCUUCCAAAUUAACAAGUGGGUUGUUCACUGACCUACAGUAUGUAUGUCAUAGAACAAAACAUAAAGGUCUCUUAAGCUUGUGUUAACCACAAAUCCUACUUCACGCAUUUAACCCAAACCCUAUUAAAAAAACAGGCGAGGGAACCAAGAGUGCUAAUGCUAGCUCAUUUCCGGGCUUUAGGGCUCAUUCCUGGACCACUGUUAGCUAACAAUAACUGUUGUGUUGGCUGACAACUCUGUCUUCAGCUAACCUGUUUUUAAAUGCUUGUAAAAGAAUCUUAGAUAUACACAUAAUGGCAAUACAUGUUAAAAGACUGACGCUAACGCUAUAUGUCUCACGCAAAAUGGGGUCCAUGUUAUUGGUCAUCAUCCCAUUAGUCUGACAUCCUGUUGUUCCAAUAUGUGAUUAUUACUGUAGCCUAUUUGUGUACCAUAGAGGAUCAG